CUCAGUGUUCCUGGACUAGAGCCCCGUGCGGCGGGAAUAUUUUCGCGACGUGCCAAGAAGAGAAAUCCGCAGAAGCCGCCGCUGCUCGCCGCAUCUCCUUUUCUCAUUUUGUUGGCUGCUCGCGCGCUUCCCCGGAGCUCAAUUCUCUCGGCAGGGAAGGAGUCUGUCACCGCUUUCGGCUCACAGGCACGUCGGCGCGGAAGCAGUGAAGUGUGUGUGUCAUCCGUGCGAGCGUGCGCACGUUCUGCACGCAACUUUCUCCGGCUAGAGACACAUCCGCUGGGAACCAGUGCUAAUUCUUUUCUUCUGUUUCUUGUGAGCGUACGUGUACGUGUGUCUACUUAGCACUGAUAAAGCUACUGCCAUCUCAACGUGAACAACUCAACCCAUGACUUGCCAAAUGGCCGCUCCACGCAAUGAGGAUUACAGUGCGCGGUUUUGUUGAACGGUUUCAUCCUCUCAAGCUGAUACUGUGCAGUCUGUCGACACCCUCAAGCGGUUUUUUUUUUAUUCAGCGCUGAGAAACCAGCUUUAUCGGUGUGCGUUUCCGCCGUGUUUUUAAAGAUUGUCCGCGAACUUGAGAAUCCUUCAACAACACCGCCAGUUUUAGCGCUGGACACCCAAUGACCUCCCUUUAGAAGCCCGAGAUAUGCGCGCGCCCCAAUUUCUGGAUGACACUAAUGGAAGGUCGGUAGUGGAAGGCGCGUAGCGAAGAAAGGCGCGCCAAGAAUGUGAUCAAAGAAUAAAAACAAAGAAAAAAAAAACGAAGUGCUAACCGGAAGGUGAAAGUCCAAGAAAAAGUAAAAGGAAACUAAUACCCAUUUGGCGUCAUUUAGUGUACAUCGACGUGUUCCGAUUCAGGAACCAUAGAGAAAAGAGAGACUUGUACCUCAUUUUUGUUUCAUGAUGUGCUGACGCAAGGAGUGCCGAAGAAGUGGCUAGACCGAAGCGUAGGGCCCGAAUGGGGCCUGAAAAGGAGCAGGUGGGCGGCUUGGGUGUGCCGUGCGCGGUGAGAACGCUGCCGUCAGAGGCACGCAGUGUGACCGCAUCCUGUGGAUAUCUGCGCAUCUCGACGACAACAAUGAGUGGGCGCACGUCGUCGAACUGGCGUCGGCGUCGUUCGCUAUGGAUAACGAGAACCGCCGCAAGCGCCACCCUGACUGUGCUGGUGGUGCUCUCGUGCGCACCGGGAGUGUCAUCGAUGCAUUCGAGAGGUACUUCGAAGCGCCUGAUAGUGCGUGAGGGCCACCAGACGGAGCUGCCGUGCGACUUGAGGGACGCCCUCUCCAACGACUCACUGGCCUUCGUGCACUGGUAUCACACGGCUGAGCGGGAACCUCACGGUUCCGGUGGCGCGGGAUCCUCGCUAGGAUACGGGUUCCGCGCGGCAGCAGCGAGCCGUGAACCCAUAUACACGGUGGACUUCGGGCCAGACCCGACCGCCAGCAGGGAGGCCACCUCUAGUGGAGCCAUAACUUCCGGCGCCACAGGCGCCGCGGGGGCACGAGGGAACAACUUGUUACAGGUGAACCGUUCAGCGGGGCAUGGCUGGGUGGGGCGGGCCUACUUUUCCAUUAUCGGCCACCCGGCCAGUCUCAAGGUGAACAGCGUGCGCUUCGAGGACGCCGGUCUGUACACGUGCACAGCCGUGUUCCGUGAUGGCGCCCGAAGGAACUCCACGGUGCGGCUUCACGUCGUCGCUCCACCCGAGCCUCCAGUGAUACGAGACGGUGAAGGAAACGAACUCCGAGGCACCAUCGGCCCUUUCAACGAAGGCAGCACGCUGGCAUUGGUGUGCGUGGUCUAUGGUGGCAAGCCCAAGCCUACGCUGGUGUGGGGCGGUAUGCCAGAUGGAAUGAUGGCCGAGGUGCGCCCAUCUUCCGAGGCGCAACUCACCACCGCGACUCUACUCAUCCAUUCCUUAAGAAGGGAGGACCUGCGCGCGGCCCUCUACUGCACUGCAUCAAACAACAUAUCCUCGCCAGCCGACACCUCCGUCACGCUCGACCUCAACCUGCGUCCAACGUCGGUGAAGAUCAGGCGCGGCGACAUUCCCAUCUCGGCGGGCCUGCCCGCUGAAAUCGUAUGCGAAGUGUGGGGAUCGCGGCCACCGCCCGUGGUGACGUGGUGGAAAGGCCUGCGUCAACUGAACCACACUUUCGUGUACGUGUCAACGGAUGGCAACAUGACCACGAGCGUCGUCUCGUUCACACCCUCGAGCGAUGACCACGGCUCUAGUCUCGCCUGCCGAGCCAAGAACCCGGCAAUGGCGGACAGUGUUGAAGAGGACACGUGGACGAUGGACGUGCAGUACAAGCCCAGGAUCUCGCUGCAGCUGGGCACCAAGCUGAGCCUUGAGAACAUCCAGGAAAAUAACGACGUGUACCUGGAAUGCCGCGCGGAUGAACCCCCAGUAGACGAAGUUGCCUGGCAAUUCGACGGCGACGAGUUGCAGGCCUCAGAAAACGUGAUCGUCUCCAAGAACUUUCUGGUCAUUCAGCGAGUACAGACUCACCACUCGGGCCUGUACUCUUGCAGCGCUGAGAACUCAGAAGGAAGGACACAGGGCGAGACACUGCAACUCCGCGUACAACACGCGCCACUGUGCAAGGCGAACCAGCACGUGGUGUAUGCUGCGUCGCGGCAUCAGGAGGUCGAGGUUCACUGCGAAGUCGAAGCGGAUCCCAGCAAUGUCACCUUCGAGUGGCGCUUCAACAGCACGCUUCAACAGCGACCCCUCAAGAGCUUUUCGGCGCAGGGAACGAGUAGUAUCGCCCGAUACAUCCCCCACAGCCACACCGAAUACGGGACCCUGCUCUGCACAGCCUCUAAUCGCAUCGGCAAGCAACGUCAGCCAUGUCUUUUCCACGUCGUCCAGGCAGGACCCCCGGGCCCCGUGGAAAACUGUUCCAUCACGAACCAAACCGAGGGAUCCCUGCACCUCGAGUGCCAGGCAGGCUCGGAUGGACACCUUCCAGCGCACUUUGUGCUCUCCGUGCACGACGCACUUACAGCCACCGUGUCGGCAAACUUCACCGCCGAUAAGCCAGAUUUCUGGGUCCACGAUCUACUUCCUGGCGUGGAGUACUUCCUUGUGGUUUCCGCCGUCAACGAGAGAGGCCGAAGUCCAGAACUCACGAUCCUUCCGCCGAUCAUGCCUCUCGUGGGAAAGCUUACCAAGUCCGGAAGUGCGGCCAAGAUGUACUCGAGCGCACUUCUAGUGACGGUGAUUGCCGCAGUGGCGCUUCUGUGCAUCCUACCUCUCAUUGUGCUCGGAGCCGUUAAACUGAAAGGUCGGCGCUUCUUCAACAAAAGUCCCGAGGCCAAAAAAGAUUCGACAGACGAAGACGCCUGCCCAUCGACCACAGCUCCUACUCCUGAAGAGGCUACGCAACUUCAGAUAUCCUCCAUCUACCCCAAGGAGGACAACCAAGUGUGGAUUGUGAAGAAGAGCACGGGCCUAUGAGCAGCUACAGCUCAUGUUAUCCGCCGCGCGGCCAAGCUGUUACUGUUCACAGCUGAGUCAGCUUGAUGCCGGCACCAGCAGUCACAUGUUCCGCCUUCAUGUAAAGUUUAUUUGAAGGUGGCCUAAUGAACAAUCAGCUACAAUAUUAUUGGAUGGAGAAAGCCGACUAUCGCCACGUAGAUGGUUGACGGAGGCAGCCCGCGAAAGCUAGACCGGUCGAUUUACUACAGAUGAACAAUCUCAUUUAGCACCAAUUUUGGAAAUCUUACCUUCUUUCUCGAAUACUGUGAUAGCAAGCAGGGAAAGAAUUAUACACAGCUGAAUGAUGAAUGAAAGAAUUUCUUCUUGGACAAACCACCAAGCGUUUAUCAUCAAUGUAAGUUCGAGCCUAUUCAAUAAGAUCUCCUCCACAGUGACCUUUUCUAUGUGAAGAGCAAGUUGGGAAAACUAGAGCUAGUGUGAUCGCAAGGAGCUGUUAUAUGUAAUCGAACGAACGAGUGGCUAGUAAGUGCGGGUGUGAUACAAUAAGAUUUGUCACAUUGCACUUGAUUCAUGGCGCACUGUUAAAGCUUCAGAUGUUUGUGCGUUUGUGUUUGCGUCGGCGUUUUUUGGCCACCAGGAACAAAUUCACUAGCCUUGUGCAUCUCAGGAGCUCCGAGACGUGGAUGUGCUAAUGGAAGCAUGCGACCAGGGAACGGUGUACAUAAGUGAACGUUUACUGACUAUGCCUGUGAAACCGAAACUCUCAGUGACUUUCUGCAUAUUCACCGGUCCCGUCACCUCAAGCUCAACAAGAGAUGGCGACUAAGAAGGAUGUGCACAUGUGGUGCUGCUCACAGCCAUAUGU